AGGAGGGAUCUUGGCUCCUGCAGCCAUUUCCCCUGCAGGGCUGAGCUCUUUGGCUGGCUUGCCAGUUCCUUAGCAGAGGGGCUGCUGGCAGGGGCAACAUCUGAGCAGGUCAUGAAGCCUCAAGAGGCAGAGCUCGUCACUGAAAUCUCCAAGUUGCAAUGCAUGGUCUCAGAACUGAAGACGGGGUUCGCCAGCGCUCUGCUGGAGCUCAGUCAGAUCCAACAUGGAGACACGUACCUGAGGGAGGAGCUGGUGGAGAACCGGAGGAUCUGCCAGAAGAAAGCUCUUCGUUUGGAGGCUCUGGUCGAGUCACUGAGGGAAGAACUUGGAGUGAUGCAGUGUCAGAUCUUGCAGCUGUACAGUAACAGACAAAGACCUCUGCAGGAUGGAAAGAGCUCUACAUCCAAACACAGAGAAAGACAAGUAAAACCUGCAGAGAGACAUUUUGCCAUCUGUCCACUGUUGUGCAGCAGUGACCCAGCAGAAUCGGCCUGUGAACAGAGUCAGUGUGACUGUCCGUCUGCUCCAGCAGCCUGUCUGUCCAGAGGGAAACUGCUCCUCCACUGUUUCCUGCAGGGCCUCAAAGCAGGGCUGAACGAAGGCACAGAUGCACGGCAUCAGGUGGCGAUGCAACUUCUGCAUUCUGAGUGGGAGUAUGUGUCAACCUUAAACCAGCUGUAUGAAAAAUACAAGACACCACCAGCUCACCAGAUGACUGUGGAGCCAUAUCAGACAUAUCUGAAGUUUGUGGAGCAGCUGUUACAGCGACAUCUGCUCUUCCGAAACACCCUGCAGGAGCGGUUAUCUGCUGAGCACUGGAAAUCUCUGGUUGGAGACAUCCUGGUGCAGCUUAUCGGACAAAAUGACACAGCCUUUUCGGAUAUGUACCUUGGAUACACGACCACCCUGGCGUCAUUCCUCUCACUGGAGUUCAACAGAUUAAAUCAUUCUGAGAAAAUACAGAGCGGCCAGAUGGAGAGAGAGGAAAUGAAACUGCUCUCCCAGCUGUUGGCACCUGUCUCUCGCAUACACAGCUACCUGAGCCACAUUCAGAACUUGUUGCAGUGGACGGGUAAAGAGCAUCCUGAUUGCAGCCUCCUGCUGGGAACUGAGCGAGCACUGAGGAGCAUUUUGUCCCGCUGUCACGUGAUCCUGGAGGAAGACGUCCGAUGGGAGGAAGGAGACGGAGCUGGACAAAGCAGCUGCUCCGAUGCAGUGGCUGGUGGAUCCUCUGCAAAUUGUUGCACGAGGAACCAACAGACCAAAGAAUCCCAGCGCGAGUCCAACACUGCAGCUCAGAGAGAUGACCAGCAGGCUGUCAACCUCACUAACGGAGUCGACGGCUGUCACUCGAUGCGUCUGGAGUGCUGGUCCUGCAGCCCAGUGAGGAGGAAGGGCUGUGGAAGCGACCGGACCCUCCUGAACCAGCCGGCCCGUGACUGUGGACACGCUUACUGCUCCCUCCUCACUCCUGACGCUGCAGCAUGGGGAGAGAACAGCGACUCAGGCCAGGGCACUUACAGCCAGCCCAACGGGAAAGGCAGCAACGGGCUGGAGGCACCUCACACCAACCACAGCCUUGAGAACUGCGAGACAGACCCAGAUGACACCUCAGCCUUCGACUACUCCUCCGUCACCUCCUGCAGCCCUGACGGCACCCUGCGCAGGGAGGUGAUGAGCAGUAACAGUGGGGAGGAUGAAGAGGAGGACAGCCAGGUGCCGGUGCUGUUGAAGCCCUCAUACAGCCAGCAGCAGCAGCAGUCAAGGGAGCCACCCAGAGAGAGGACUGUGUGUUUGAGGUGGCAGAUUCCCAGAUUAACCCCUCACCCUCCUCUGAGAAGCACUGCAGGGCCGUGUGUGGACGGGCCGACGCCAUGCCUCAUCAGCUCCUACGGGAAGAGGCUGGUCAAUGUCAGGAAGGGGUCUCCUCCUUUACAUCCAAAAAGUGCCUUCAGGCCCAUCUGGGAUGAUCCAUCCAAACAGGCUGAUGCAGCUCCAGAGAAAGAGCACAGACAAGGCUUCGUACCGAUUCAAACCCCAGCGAGGCAAAGCUUUCAAAAUUUCAACCCGAGUAGAGAAAAUCUGAGACCAGGCCUGUCUCAGCAGAGAGGUAACCAUGCUGCAGCCAUGAGCGGUGGAGGAUUGUGGGAGGACAGUGAGGACAGUGAGGGACCCUGCAGCACCGUUUGACCCCCCCCCCCCCCCCCCCCAGAGACAAGAGGACUAUCACUAAAAACUGUUGAACACAAAAUUUUGAAGUUACUACCAAACUUGAGCCCAAUUUGUGAUUUCUUUGAUGAGAUACAUUUUUCCCCAAAGGCCAUGACAGUAACGCAUGGAUGUCGAAUUAGUGACCCUUAAAAAAGUUUAAUUUUUCUGUUAAAGCUUAACCUUUGUAAACACGACAGACAUCUUUGUUUGGCUUUUCCGGAUUACAUUUUGACAACUGAUAGAAAUAUUUAAUUUUUUUUAAAUGCAGGUUAGACAAGCAUUUCUAGUAGAUUUACAUUUGACAAAUUAAAUAUUCCAGACAAUUUUGUAUUUUAACUGAAGGUGAGAUGGUUUUAGCUAUAUGACACCAAUGUGUAGCUAGCUAAAGAAAGGUAACAUUACUAAGGAAUAACGUUAAUACAUAGUUCACUUUAAUUUAAGGACUAGGUAGAUUUUAUUUUAAUAUCUAGCUAGCUAGCUAAAGGAAGCAGUAUAGGUAGGAACACUUUGGAAAAUACGCUUAUUUUGCUUUCUGGUGGAGAGUUAACGUUAACUAGCCAAACGUAACUUAGCUAGCGCUAGCUAUUUAAAUAUGAAGCUACGUUACAGCUAGCAGGUUAGCUAGCUUAGCACAAAGUCUGGAAAAAGCUAGCCUGGCCCUAUUAAAUAACAUCAACCCACCAGCACUUUUAAAACUCCUUAAUUAACAUGGUAUAUCUCGUUUGUUUAAUUUGUCCAACAACAGAGGUGCAAAACGGCAAUUAGUCGUUUUAAUUGUAUCCUGGACAACUAACGUUACUCAGAGACAAGAAAAUAAAUAUAGAAUUUUUUUUUUUUUUUUUUUAAGUGGUAGGCCUAUCAAUCUUCUAUUUAACUCUCAAACAGCAAGCGAAAAAGCCUAUUUCCCAAAAAUGUCAAACCUAUUUCAAUCAAUCAAUUCCUCAAUCUUUUCAACGUAUAGCUUAUGCAGAAAGGUAAAUUUACUGUAAAAGAAAAAACGAGGAGAGAAUUGAAUAGUUCAGUACAAAAUAAGACUGGGUGAUUUAUUAAUCUCAUCAAGACCAUUAAUACAAAGCAGUUAAAAGGCCACAUACCAUCAAAUAAACUGACUGCUGGAUCAAGCUGUUACAGUGCCACCGGAGGAAAACCAAUCUGUUAAUUCUGUCGAGGCUGGGGUUUAAAAACAAAACAAACAAACGCAGAAAACAAAAAGUCAAAUUUGGAGAAAUUAACCCCACCGGUACUGAAACAUGGAAACUGGGAAAUGGACACGAGUGAAGACCUUCUUUUUACAGUCACUGGUGAAGACAGUGAAGGGAUUUGACUUCAGCUGUCAUCCUCCAGAACGCCCCUUUUAUCUCUAGUUUGAUCAGAAGUUUAAUCAUCCAUCAUCACGUGCACAGAACACAGCAAGAACAAGGGGCAUGAGUGAUAUUUUGAAAUGAUGCUGAAAUUCAGCUCAUGGCGGUCAGACAUCCUCAGGUGUUUCUGUCUUUUAAACACAUCAUGGGGAUAAAAGUGAGGUGGUCGACUUUUGUUUUUCUGCCCUGAUCCAUGUAGAAAGUGAGUUUCAACAGUUGCAUAGGGCCAUUGAAUUUACAAACAUGACCUAUAACAACUGGGGCUCUUCAACAGUACAGCCUAAAGUGCACAAAGUGUGUUUCUCAGAAAAAAAUGUCCAAUUCUUCACUAUGCUCAAAUACUUGCAACUGAAUAUAAGUUUGUGUAUGCUCAACUGCAACUUUAAUACAAUUCCAACCUCUGUUUAAUGAGUGUUAGCAUUAAAAAUCUUUGAAAAGGAGAAUAGGCAAUUAGUAGGAUGUACAAAGUGAAGCACACGUCUAAGUAAGUGCUUGGCAUAUAUUGAACUGUAUUUUUUUUUUUUCCAUUGCUUUAAAACAGCUAAGGGGCAGGGAAGAAAAAAAUGGCUUUCCUCAGUUAAUACUCCCAGUGUUUCAACUGGAGAUUGUCUGUAAGUAAGUUAGUGACAGUGACCUGUUUUUUUCUGGUUUUGUUUUUGUUUUUUAGUUUUUUUUAUCCGACUGUAGCAGCAUUGGAUUAUUAGGCAAUAUUCGACUGAACAGAUGCGGAUGAGGGUACAAUACAACAGG